AUGGAUAAGAAAGUGUGUGAAAAGUUUAUGAGUAUAUGGGAGUUUUUCCCCGAUAAAUUGAAAGAAGGAAAAUAUGAAUUUAUAGAUCAAAAUUUCUUAGAUGGUUAUUGUGAUAGUUAUCGUUGUGAUAAUGAUUUCGAAAAAAUUAGUGCUGGAUUAUUUUAUUUGCUUAAUCAAUUCUUUGGGCCUUCUGGUUUAUUUAAGAAUAAUGCAAAAAAUAAAAACGAUAUUUUUGAUUACAUUAUGAUAUGGUUAAGUUAUAUGUUAAACCUAAAGGAUAAUAAAUUAAACAACAGUCUAGAAUUUUUUUAUAAUACAGAUAUAAAAUAUAAUCAAAAGUAUACAAAUUCUAUAGCGGGUUUUACGGAGUAUAAUAGUUAUAAGGAUCUUUUAGACGAUAAAAAAAUUGUGAAUUUUGAUAUUAAUAAUAUGUCUAAAUUUUAUGAUGCAUUUAAAUCAUUAUGCACCAUGUAUCAUGAAUUUAAUGGAGAUAAUAAAAAAUGCAAGAAAUAUUUGGAUGAUGAUAGUGAUGAUAAUGAAUUUUUUAAAAAAUAUAAAGAACUUAAAGAUGAUUCUAGUAUUAGUGAAAACAGUUCAUAUAAACAAAUAUUGUCUACAUUAUCAACUGAUUAUGAUAAUUUUAAAAAUUUAUGUAAAGAAGCUAAAUCUAGUAAUAUUUCAUCUCCUUCAGAGGUAGCAACAGAGAUUUCUGCACUAUCAUCUGGAAAUACAUCAUCAAGUUCGUCGAUAGGAAACAAAUUAUUUACAGUUUUAUCGAUAUUUGGUGCAAUAGCAUUUCUUUUAGGAAUUUCUUAUAAGUAUUCGUUAUUUGGAUUUCGGAAACGAUUUCAAAAACAAAAAUUAAGAGAAAAAGUAAAAAAUAUAAAGAAGAGAAUAAAUCAUUAA